UAAUGAACAUCUAUAGACGGGAAAAAUGAUGAGCCUGCGUUCUUUUUUGUUUAUAGUUAAUUAAUUAAUUUGUUUAUCGAUAAGCCUGCGUUGUGUUCAGGGAAAGACAGUAAUCGAUUUUUUAACUCGAAAAAAAAACGACAAGAAGCAGGAUUUUUUUUUUUUUUUUUUUUUUUUUGUGAGGCAAUUGCAGUCGGGGCAUGAAAAUUCAGAUCAGACGAUAGACCACGAUUUAAAAAUAUAUAUACACAUAUACAUGGAUGAUGAUCAACAUUAUAUGUGUUUUCUAAAAAAAUAUUUAAAAAAAUGUGCUUGUGGUGCAGUUUCCACGUGGCAGUCUCUCUGAGUCUCCAGGAUCCCAGCCGAGUUCCCCGGGCAAGAAUGGCUCCUGCGCGGACCGGCCGCGUGUCCCUCCUGGUCCGGAUCUUGACUAUGUGGCUCUUCGCCUGGAACGGUAUCUCGACUGGGGCGCCGGGACAUCCCGCAGCAGUCGUUGCUGUCCCUCUUGUUUCUGCUGGUUGUGAUGGGGGUCGCGGUGGUGCUCGUCCCGAUCCCGGCCGCUCGCCUGAAGAGAGACUGCGAGGUGCUCUGCAGGACUCGAGCGUGAAGUCGUACACGCUGACCGAGAACGUCGUGCUGACUCAGACCUUGCCAGCUGUCAGUCGGGACCUGACGCUCAAGGGCAGGUGUAAGGCGAGAAACGGAAGGCCCACGGCUUGCGUCAUCGACGGUCGGGAUCGCGUUCGCGGACUGUUUGCGAGCAACUGCAAGCUCAGCCUCCUGAAUCUGCACCUGACCCGUUUUCUGGUCACAAGGGCGCAGAACGUGACGGAUUUCUACGAGGACCAGGAACAUUUCGGCGGCGCAGUCUAUUUUAAGAACACCUCCCUGUCCAUCGCCAACUGCCUCUUCUCUCUUAAUCGAGCCAAGGUCGGCUAUGGCGGGGCCUUGGCGGGGAUUGCCUCGCGGGUCGCGAUUGCGCAGUCGCGAUUCGAAAAGAACCGCGCGGACAAUGACGGCGGGGGAAUGUUUCUCUGGAACGUGCGCGGGAGUGUGGUGGGGACCACCUUCGCUUCCAAUUCCGCCGCCGGCAGCGGAGGGGCCAUUGCCACCAUUGGCGGACUGGCGCUCGCUAUUCGGAACAGCGCCUUCACGCGGAACUCGGCGGGGAAGACCGCCGGCUCUCUCAAUAUCGCUUCUAAUAUCGAGCCCUCUGUAAUUACUUCAUCCUCGUUCUCUGCCAACGUGGCAGCACAGGGGGGGGGCGCGAUUGGCGUGGUACUUAGUCGCGAUGAAGACGACGACGACUCCGUCCAUAUCUGCUGGCCGACCUUCCGGGGGAACAAAGUUGUUGACGUCAGCGGCGCCGCCAGCUCCAACGUGAAAGUUCAGGUGUUCGAUCAGGAAGGGACCGUCUACGAGCAAGUGCAUUUCUGUAAGGCUAUCCCGACAGGGUGGGUUCGGUGCCCGAUGAGAAUCUGUAAUGCGCCUGCCACGUUUCAGCGAGCGAUGAACGUGACUUUUCAGAAUUUCGUCAAUAAGACACGGCUGACUCAGGGGAUGAUUAACUUUUGCGUCAUUGUAUAUAUGGAUGACAUUCUGGUGUACUCGGACACGUUUCACAGACACGCGCAGCACAUCGAAUGGACGCUAGGCGCGCUGAGAGACGCAGGUUUCAAGAUCGCGCUGGAAAAGAGCGAGUUUUUCCUUCCGGAAAUCUCGUUCUUGGGGUAUGUUGUGACACGUGGAGGUCUGCGGCCRGACUCUCGGAAAGUCGCGRCRGUGAAGGAGGCCMCGGUUCCRACCUCACUGACGCAGGUUCGAGCCUUCUUGGGCCUGGCCUCGUAUUACCGGCGGKUUAUCAAAGGGUUCGCGGCGAUAGCAAGGCCUCUGACAAACCUGCUGCGAAAAGAACAGCCCCUGCAUUGGGACGACGAUUGCGACCGGGCCUUCGGGGCCCUGAAGGACGCUCUCGUUACGGCCCCGAUUCYGAUUCGGYCGGAGCCCUCUCGACAGUUUAUUCUCAUCACCGACUGGCAGCCGGAGGCUAUUUYGGCAAUUCUGGCACAGAAGGGAAACGAUGGGAAGGAGCAUGUCAUUGAGUACGCGUCCCGGACGGUGCCAGACGAGCGACRAAACGAUUYCGCGCCACAAGGAGAGUGYUAUGCGGUAGUUUGGGGUAUCCAGCACUUCCAUCCGUAUUUGUACGGUCAUAAGUUUUUGCUCGUCACCGACCAUGAACCUCUGUUGGCUCUGAAAAAGCUAACUAAUUACACGGGCAUGAUUGGACGAUGGGCGGUGCGUUUGCAAGAGUAUGAUUUUGACAUUGUUCAUCGAAAGACGGAGAGACACGGCAACGCCGACGGACUGACACGUUUGCAUCGACCCGGCUGUCGCAGGCUUCUCACCAAGGAGCUUAUGGUCCCGAUUGCGCAGCUGACAGACGAUCUCGACGUCAGCAUCGUCUUCCAGGACGACCCGCGCUUGGUGCCUCACGUCACCUCGCACACGUUGUUGCCGUAUAUUCAGUGGUCAGCUUGCGUGGAGGGCUUCCCAUCGAGAAUUCCGCCUUCGCGGUUGGACUAUUUAGAUCCACGCGACAUCUGGGAUCCCGCUUUCUACAAACCGCCGAACGAAGACGAAUUGGAGGAGAUAAUCCGUGAGGAGCUCGCGGAGGAAAGUUCGGUGGAGGAGGAAGAGGACCCGAACGAAGACGAAGGGGAGCCAGCAGAGCAGGGUGAGAACGAAGAAGAAGAAGACAACGAGCAAGGGAGCGACGAAGACAGCGACGAGGAGCGGGAGCUAGCCCCAGAAGUUCGACGGGCAGUUGCCAUGGCCAUUCCGAACCGGCAAUUGGAGGAGCAAGCCGCCGGAGAGCCCCAACUGGAGAUUGCGCCGGUCGCUGAUCUUCUGAUCAGCGACGAUUCAACGCUCGACCCCGAGCCACCUCAGCCAGACGACGGCGAUGUGGCCCAGAUGGCUGGGCCGUCUGCUAGCCGGCCUCCUUCCCCACAGCGACGCCGCCGACGAAGCCGCUCCCCCUCCGCCUCCUCCUCCCUCGCGGCCCGUCCCGCACUUCGCGCACGUCGAGAUGAGGCCGAUCCAUCUUCGUCCUCGGGCUCUCUCUCUCCGCCCCCUUGACUUCCUCACCCUAUGCCAGCUCGCCCAUUCCGCCGUCUUCCCCCACAACCCAAUCCCCCGCG